CGUUGGAUUCAAUUCGAAUUUUGACUUCGCAGCGUUCAGACGUGUUCGGAGAAACCUGAAAACCAUUCGAGUGACAAGAGAUAUAACCAAAAAAAAUUGUAAACCUCUGUCAACUGUGGUCACCGAUCGAGAGUGUUUCCGUUUCGAGUGAAAAGUGAAAUCAGAGCCAAAACCCAAAACGCUUGGCCAGCAACAAAAAGUGCUACAGAGAUAGAUUCUCUGCCCAAAACUAAAAGUGUUGAAUUCGUCGAAUUUCUUUGGAUUAACCUACGUUUGCCGACGCAUUUCUGUGGAUUAACCUCAUCGCCACCGAAGCAAAGCUACAAAUUCGUAGCCUUGUCUCGCCACUCCAUUGGAUUACCCUUAAAAAACUUAACACAUACUAAGCAACUAAAAUGGUUGUCUUGGAAGGUGGCGGCGGCGUUGUUACCAUCGGUAACAACCAGUACCUUCAACCGGAUUAUCUGGCUCCAUUGCCAACAACGAUGGACGCCAAAAAGAGUCCCUUGGCUCUGCUCGCACAGACUUGCUCCCAGAUUGGAGCAGAUUCAUCGGCUGUCAAGCCCCUGCUGGCUAUGGACAAGAACAAGACAAAGCCCGGAGCUUGCUCCUCCUCGUCGAACUCAUCGAGUUCUUCGAGCAGUGCCGAGAUCUCGGCCGCCAAGUCACCGUCCGGCCAGGCCAAGUCACCCAAGUCCAGUACACCAAUCAGCUCCACGGCCACCAGCACAAGUCUGGGAAAUACCAGUACCGGUGAAAUUAAACUGGCCUUCAAGCCCUACGAGACGAAUGUGCUGAGCCACCAGAACCAGAACUCCUUCAAGAGCAGCUCCUCCUUGGAGGCAGAGCCCACACGUCCCAGCUCCAAGAACUCAUCAUCCGCCCAGGAGCGAGUACCGUCGCGCAGCAAGUCCAAUGCCACGCCCACAGAUGGUGUGAAGACGGAGAUAUCAGUUCACGAUUCAUCAUCCAGCCGGAAGACAGUCUCCCCGUCGGGAUCCUCGCAACGCGGUGCCAGUCCCAUUGUGCGAUCAGGCAUGGAGGUGCUGAACAAUGCCAAUGGUACCGCCCAGCAUCCCAAGGAAAUGAGCAGCAUGGCAGCAGCGGCGGCGGCAGCAGCAGCGGCAUACAAGGCCGCCGGACCCUAUGGACUGAACCCCCUGUCCGCCUUGUGCUGUCCGCCCGGCAUGGAGCAACAUGCUAAUCCUGCUUUCCGGCCACCAUUUGCCGGAGGAUUCUCACAUCAUCACGCCGCCAUGCUGGCGGUGGCCGCCAAUGGAGUUUAUCCUGGAGGAGCUCCUGGCGGUGGACCAGCUGGACAGCCAAAUCCCUAUAUCAGUUAUCAGCGCAUCAAGACACCAGCUGGCGGAGAGGCCAUAGUGCCGGUCUGCAAGGAUCCCUAUUGCCAGGGGUGCCCAUACUCGGCGCACACACAACAGAUGCUGAUGGGAGCCCCCUGUCCCGCCGGCUGCACCCAAUGCGAGCACCAGAAAUACGGCUUGGCCAUGGCCAGUGCCGCAGGAUUGCCACCAGCUCAUCCGUACUCCCAGGCAGCUGCAGCGGCGGCGGCAAAUGCGGCAGCAGCCCGCUCGGCGCCCUACGUCUGCAGUUGGGUGGUGGGCGACGCUUAUUGUGGCAAGCGAUUCCAGACCUCCGACGAGCUCUUCUCCCACCUGCGCACCCACACGGGCAAUCUUUCAGAUCCGGCGGCUGCUGCUGCGGCUUUGGCACAGUCUCAGGCUCAAUCGCUGCUGGGAACACUAUUCCCGCCAUCGGCUUUGCGAGCUGGCUAUCCGACACCACCACUUAGCCCCAUGUCAGCGGCGGCGGCAGCAGCGAGGUAUCAUCCCUAUGCUAAGCCACCACCGGGAGCCUUGGCCGGAGGACCCUCGCCCUUCGGUGCCGCUGGAGCCUUCAAUCCUGCCGCCGCGGCUGCGGCAGCUGCUCUGGGGCCCUACUACUCGCCAUAUGCCAUGUACGGCCAGCGCAUGGGAGCAGCUCAUCAGUGAAAUGAUCAGCACAAAAGUUAGAUACCAAAAAGAAAAGUGGAUUAAACUGAAGAAACGAGCAGAGACGAAAGGGUUUUCCCAUUUCCAAGCCCUGUUUGAGAUAAUUUCAUAGAAAAAAAAGAAAACAAAAGAAAAACGAUUGCAAAGGCUGACACAUCUCUGGCUUUUGCGCUAUUCUGUGAUACUAAACUGUAGUUUAAAGAGCGCUAGUUACACUUAAGUUUCGCAAACAGAAAUAAUAUUCAACCACCUACAACAAAAAAAUAGUAGCAGCCGCAAAAUAAUAGCAGGAUCACUUCUUCUACUUUCAACCUAAAUGUCUACAUUAAUCGAAUCGAAUCGAAUGGUAGGGUAAAGGAAGUGCAGCAAACCGGAAGUUCACUCACUCUCAUUUGUUCUCAAAGUUCAACCAAAGUUUUUUAAGUCUUAGCCAGAACACAUUCUACAACUUCCAAUUUUGUUAACGAAGAACCCAUUGCUGAGAUGUUCAAACAUUGUUUUAGUUUAAGUUCGCCCUAAGUUCUAUUAACUAUUAUUACGAUUAACUUACAAGCAUCUGCAAACAAAAAACCAACCAACAAACAAUUCAAAUAAUGUUCUUUAAGUCAUCUUAUAUGUAAAGUAAGCAUAAUGAAUAUUUGUAAUACCAACCAAUCAGAAGAAGAAAAAAACAUAAAAAUGACAAACAAAAAAACAAAUAAAUACUGAAAAUAAAAAUGAA